CGCCGCCGCCAGGGGGCAGUACAACAGAGGCGCUGCCGCUUAGCGCUCAUUGGUCGAGAGAGGGCGUGCGGGCGGCAGUGCGCAGGUGCGGCCCCUUCCCGGCUGCCUCAGCGGCCGGCUAAUGGCGGCGGCGGCGCGGUGACGGUUUUCAAUUGAAGAGAAAAUGUCACUUUACGAUGACUUGGGAGUUGAGACCAGCGAUUCUAAAACAGAAGGCUGGUCCAAAAACUUCAAACUACUACAGUCGCAGCUGCAGGUGAAGAAAGCAGCUCUCACACAAGCAAAGAGUCAGAGAACAAAACAAAGCACAGUGCUUGCUCCAGUGAUUGACUUGAAACGAGGAGGCUCUUCUGAUGAGAGGCAGAUCGUGGACACACCACCUCAUGUAGCAGCUGGCUUAAAGGAUCCUGUACCCAGUGGUUUCUCUGCAGGAGAUGUGUUGAUUCCUUUGGCAGAUGAGUAUGAUCCCAUGUUCCCAAAUGACUAUGAAAAAGUGGUAAAGCGUCAAAGGGAGGAGCGACAGAGGCAACGUGAGCUGGAGAGGCAAAAGGAGAUUGAAGAAAGAGAAAAAAGACGUAAAGACAGACAUGAAGCCAGUGGCUUUUCAAGAAGACCAGAUCCAGAUUCUGAUGAAGAUGAAGAUUAUGAAAGGGAGAGACGAAAAAGAAGUAUGGGAGGAGCUGCCAUUGCACCACCCACUUCCCUUGUUGAGAAGGACAAAGAACCCGUAGCAUCGUUUCCAUAUGAAGAGGAGUCGAGACCUCGGCCACCAUCUUCCAAAGCAGCUAUUCCUCCUCCAGCAUAUGAUGAGCCAGAAAGACCUCGCUCCCCCACGGGACCUAGCAACUCUUUCCUUGCUAACAUGGGAGGGACAGUGGCUCAUAAAAUCAUGCAGAAGUAUGGCUUCAGAGAGGGCCAGGGGCUGGGAAAACAUGAACAGGGGCUGAGCACAGCACUCUCAGUGGAGAAAACAAGCAAGAGGGGUGGCAAGAUCAUUGUUGGUGAUUCUACAGAGAAAGAAACGGGCAAAAAAGCGGAUUCGAACCCAUUGACUGAGAUACUGAAAUGCCCAACUAAAGUGGUCUUACUAAGGAACAUGGUUGGUGCUGGGGAGGUGGAUGAAGAUCUAGAAGUUGAAACUAAGGAGGAAUGUGAGAAGUAUGGCAAGGUUGGGAAGUGUGUCAUCUUUGAGAUUCCUGGUGCCCCUGAUGAUGAAGCUGUAAGAAUAUUCCUAGAGUUUGAACGGGUUGAAUCUGCCAUCAAAGCUGUUGUGGAUCUAAAUGGAAGAUACUUCGGAGGCAGAGUCGUGAAGGCUUGUUUCUACAACCUGGACAAGUUCCGAGUACUGGAUCUGGCUGAGCAAGUUUGAUUUUAAAACUCCUGCUCGAGGUGGCACUGUUUUGGCAAUCACGUUUUCAGCAGUAGGCUGGGAAUAAGGAAGAGCAAAGUAGCUUUCCUAGCAAACUGGAAACAAGCCUCAUUGAAUGGAUUUUUCACAUUCGUUGUGACUUACAUUUUUCUUUUUGUAAUAUAAAGCCCUUUGAAAGUCA